AUGGCUGUGAAUAUUAUCAAGUGUUCAAGUCAGUUGAUACAUACUGAGGUAGAGGUGCUUAAUGGUGGAAAGAAGUUCUUCUGCUCUUUCAUUUAUGGCUUAAAUAGUAUACAGGAGAGAAUGGACUUAUGGAAGGAUUUGAAGGAUAUAAAAAUAGAUGAUGCUCCAUGGAUGAUUAUGGGAGACUUCAACUCAAUAAUGAGAACAGAUGAAAGAGUAGGGCAACCUGUUAGAACAAGAGAGAUCAUGGAUAUGCUGCAAUGUAUGGAAGAAUGUAAUUUGAAUGAACUGAAAACUUCUGGACAAUUCUAUACCUGGAACAAUAAACAAGAGGGAAUUGACAGAGUGUUCUGCAAACUGGAUAGAGCUUUGGGGAAUGAUAGCUGGUUUGAUCAGUGGCCUAACACUGAAAUCAUCACUAUGCCUAAAGGGGAAUAUGACCAUUGUCCACUCUUGGUCAAAUCAUUUCAGAAUGAGCUAAAGAAGAAACCCUUUAGAUUUUUUAAUAUGUGGUGUCAAGCUCCUGAGUUUCAGGACAUUGUGAAGAAGGUGUGGCAGCAACCAGUGAGGGGGUGUAAAAUGUAUCAAAUUGUGAGUAAGCUUAAAGCUUUGAAGAAGGAUCUGAGGGUGUUAAAUAGCACUCAGUUUGGUGAUGUUUCAGUAAAGCAUACUCAAGCUUAUCACAAUAUGACCAACUGGCAGAAAGAAUUACAGCUCAAUCCUCAUGAUCUUGAACUGAGGCAUAAAGAACAAGAAGCAAGGAAGGACUAUAAUGCAGCUCACAAGCAUUACAGUGCUUUCCUCAGUCAGAAAGCAAAGCUGAGAUGGAUAACUGAGGGAGAUGAUAAUACUAGAGCUUUCCAUCAGAGUAUUAAACAAAGAAGAAUGCAGAAUAGAAUAAAUACAAUAAGAAGAGUAGAUGGAACUUGGGCUACAAAUUCUGGGGAAGUUGUGGAGGCUAUCCUAGAAUUUUAUCAAGGUUUAUUGGGGAGCAAUAGUGCUACCAGGAAGAUAGAACCUAGCAUAAUUGCUAAAGGAAAAAUUCUGGAUAACAGACAACAGCAAGCUCUCAACAUGAAGUUUAACAAUGAGGAAAUCAAGGCAGCUCUCUUUUCUAUUCCUGAUGAUAAGGUGCCUGGGUUAGAUGGGUAUUCAAGUUGCUUCUAUAAGAAGAGCUGGGAUAUAGUUGGGAGAGACAUUGUGGAAGCUGUGCAAGAUUUUUUUCAGAAAUGGGAAGAUUCUAAAAGAAAUUAA